AUGAGUGGAGACUCAGAUGGGAAUCGUGAAUUUCAUGAGCAGCUUCGUCUGCAGGAACUGUACGCAGAGACGGAUGAUGGAGAUGAUCCGUACACUUUUGUCGACCCUGAGGACGGUACCGUCUACGACUGGGACCACGACAAGAAAGCCUGGUUUCCUAAGAUAACAGAGGACUUCAUUGCUGCAUAUCAGGCCAAUUAUGGCUUCACUGAAGAUGGAGCUUCUGCAGCAACAGAAGAACCUCAGCCUGAGAAGCCUAAAGAUAAGGAGAAGGAGGAGAAGAAGGAGGAGGAAGGUACAGAGUCAGGAACCACUAAAGAGGAAAAGAUGAAAGGAGAGAAGAGGAAAGCAGAACCAGGCUGGUUCGAUAUCGAGAAAGACAAAAACACAAAUGUUUACAUUACAGGUCUCCCUCCUGAUAUCACUCCUGAUGAGUUUGUGGAGUUGAUGUCUAGAUGUGGAAUAAUAAUGAGAGACCCGCUGACAGAGGAGUAUAAAAUCAAAUUAUAUAAAGACAGUGAUGGGAAUUUGAAAGGGGACGGACUCUGCUGUUACCUAAAGAAAGAGUCAGUAGGUCUGGCUGAGCGUCUGUUAGAUGAAUAUGAGAUACGAGGAUAUCGACUGCAUGUGGAAGCGGCUCGCUUUGAGCUGAAAGGCCAGUACGAUGCCAGCAAGAAGAAAAAGAAGAACAAAGAAUAUCGCAAAAAACUACAGCAGCAGCAGAAGCAGCUGGACUGGAGACCUGAGAAGCAAGGAGAUGCACGUAAGAGGCAUGAACGAGUGGUGAUCAUCCGUAACAUGUUCCACCCCUCUGACUUCGAGGAGGAUCCGUUGGUGUUGAAUGAGUAUCGAGAUGAUCUGCGCUCUGAGUGUGAGAAGUUCGGGGAGGUGAAGAAGGUCCUCAUAUUUGAUAGACACCCUGAUGGCGUGGCCUCCGUGGCAUUUAAGGAGCCAGAGGAGGCAGAUGUGUGUGUGAACACACUGAAUGCACGCUGGUUUGGAGGCAGACAACUUUCAGCUGAACUGUGGGACGGAGUCACUGACUACCAGGUUGAAGAGACGGUGAGGGAGAGGGAGGAGAGGUUAAAAGGUUGGUCGGCUUUUCUCGGAGAUGAAAAGACACAAGAGGUAAAAUCAAAAGGAGGAGAUGAAACGACAGAAGUGGGACAGAAGGAAAAGGAAAAAGAGAAACCGGAAGAGAUGGAGGAAAAGAAUGAGAUGGAGGAGAAGAAAGAGAUGGAGGAAAAGAAAGAGAUGGAGGAAAAGAAAGAGAUGGGGGGAAAAAAAGAGAUGGAGGAAGCGACAGUUGAGUCCACAGACAGCAGUUUGGCCAGCAGUGAUGAUGAGUCUUAAAUGUGCUUGAGAGAGUGUGUGUGUGUGUGUGUGUGUGUGUGUGUGUGUGUGUGUGUGUGUGUGUAAUGUACAGUGUAAACUGUUUGUUAGUUUGAUUUUUCAGCUCUUGUGUGUAAACCUGCUGUUUUAUAACGAAAAUAAAAUGGUGCGACUGUG